AUGGUUGGUCGUUAUUACUUUGUGAUCGUUGGACACAAUGAUGAAGCUCUUUUUGAAUUUGAUUAUUCCUCUAUGGGGAAAAGUAACGAGAAAGCUGAAGAAUAUCGUUAUCUGAAUCAAUAUGUGGCGCAUGCCGCCUUGGAUGUGAUUGAUGAUCAAAUGUGGUUAACAACUAACACCUUCCUCAAAACGGUGGACAAAUUUAAUGAAUGGAUCGUGUCUGCUUUUGUCACCCCCGGAACUAAGACCAAGUUCUCACGACUGUAUAGCCGACAGGUCCGCAUUGUGGAGCGGUGUGUACUGACACCCACCUUCCAAAGAAAACAGUUACUUUAUUCAUGGAUCUAG